AUGUCGUCUUCCAACACGCCUCCCGUCAUUAUCGUCGGCGCCAGCCUAGUGGGCUUAUCCGCAGCCCUGUGUUUAGCCUCACAUUCAGUGCCCACAAUCGUCCUUGAAAAGCACGCAGGAAUCUCCGCCCAUCCGCGCGCCAUCGGAUUUACAGCUCGAACAAUGGAGAUCUACCAUUCACUUGGUAUUGAGAAUGAACAUCCCGCCCCAGAUAACUUUGUGCUUAAGCGUGCCCGAGUCGAAAGCUUGACUGGAAAAUGGUUCGAACAUACAAAAUGGUCAGAUACCGAGAAGAGGCCAGGAGCCGAGACCUUGCAGGAGAAACCACUGGCGUCUAAAAAGGAGUAUUCAGCUUCUCGUGCAACCGCCCUAGCACAGGAUAAGUUGGAGCCGAUACUCGAAUCGCUGGCGCUGGAAAGACACAUUGAUAUCCGGCGCCGACAACGGGUUUUGAAUGUCGAACAAGAUCAAGACGGUGUUACGGUAACAUCUCAAGACUCUGACGGCAAUACACGCCGCAUCCAUGGCUCUUAUCUCAUUGCCGCAGAUGGAAAUCGAAGCACAAUCCGCGAGCAACUUGGAAUCGCACGUCAAGGACGCGGGUUCAUGCAGAACUUGCGCAGUGUACUAUUCCGCGCUCCAUUGGAGAGAUACACGAAGGAUGUUGUCCAAUUUGACAUCGAUCAGCCAGGCCUCAAAGCAUUGCUUUGUUCAUAUAACGAUGGUCGAUGGGCUCUUAUGUUUCGCGACGACGUCGACCGCGACGAGCCAGCCCUCCAAUCGGCAAUUCAUCAAGCAGUCGGCGAUCCAUCUGUUCCCGUUGAGAUUAUUACCACCGGACAAUGGGAAUUGACGGCUCUUGUCGCCGACACAUUUCAGUCUGGUCGGGUCUUUCUUGCUGGUGAUGCGGCUCAUACGCUCCCACCUAAUCGUGGUGGAUACGGUGCUAACACUGGUAUCCACGAUGUGCAUAAUUUGGCUUGGAAACUUGCUGCUGUGUUAUCCGGUCUCUCUUCUCCGGAUUUGUUGAGCACCUAUGAUGCUGAACGCAGACCUAUUGCUCUCCUUCGGCAUGACCAGAUCUUUGCACGGGCGGAUUAUAAGGUUCAUCGUGAUCUUUCAAAAUCUGCUGGCGAGAAGAUCAAUGAUGAUGCUAUGGAAUUCGGUCAGCUAUAUCUCUCUGACGGGUUUGUUGGAUCUGACGCUUCCCUGCCUCGGGCUAUGAAGCCCGAUGAAUGGGCUGGCCAACCUGGUACCCAUCUGCCACAUUUCUAUAUCUCAAAAGAUGGAGCGGACGUGCCUCUCUUGGAUAUUGUUGGACAGAAAAAUUGGACGUUGAUCUCGGCGACUGAUGAAUGGGGGUCCGCGUUGUCGGAAGUCAUUAAAAGCUCCCGUGUGACAGUCAAUUCCGUUCGUCUUGAUUCUGAUCUGCAGAAAUUCCAACAAGCUUUUGGAGUAUCGGAAACUGGCGCAUGUCUCAUUCGCCCCGAUGGAUAUAUAUCAUGGAGGACGGCAGAAAGUUCGGUUAAUGCGAGUGACUGCCUGUGUACUGUGCUAGCAAAGGUCAGUUUUGCAAUUUGA